AUGCUUGACCCCUCUUCACUGCUGCUGUGGACCCUGCUCCUCCUUGUCACCGCCCUUUGUCUUGCCCUUCUGGUCGCUGCCCACAUACUUACUUCCUACGCAACCGCAUACCUAGCCGCGCCCCACGAGAUAGCCACCUUUCUCGAAGCUGUAGACUCUUCUAUACAAGAGAAUGAGGGAUUCGAUGGAGACGUCGAGAAGGUGCCGAGGCUGGCGGAUAAGUUGCGAUUGGGCCGAUUGCUGCGCGAGAUCCAGAAGAGCGGAGACGAUCUGCGGGAGGAACUAAACCGCCUCAUCCUAGCCGAGGGCGGUCGGACCUUGCGUAUCAGCGCGCGAUUACUCUGGGCGGGUCAUAGAAAAAAUUGGAAGAGAGGGUACGGCGGCUCGACAUGUUGCGCAUGCGAUUCCUAG